AUGGUACACAUUAACACUCUGGAAACUUUAGUAAAGAACUGUGGAAAAAGAUUUCACAGUCAGGUUGCUAACAAAGAGUUUCUGCAUGCUUUUCUAAAACUUUUAUCACCUAAGAAUGACCCUCCACAACAGCUACAAACGAAGGUUUUGUACAUGCUUAAAUGUUGGAUAUCAAGUAACUGGGAUGUCGCUGGUAAACGGGAUCUGGAAAAAAUAUAUGCUUCGCUUUUACAAAAAGGAGUGCAAUUUCCAACGGUUGCACCAGUUGACUGUUAUGCAUCAAAACCGUCAAGAGGCCUACGUGAUAAUUUGGUCACAUCUAAAACUGGAGUAACUAUUCCGCGAACUUGUUCACAAGAAAAUGAUAAAUUAACUGGAAGGUCUUUAGUACUUAAAAGUUCUGGAACAGAAUCGGAUAUCCAUUUACGUAAUCGUUUAUCUGUAAAUCCAUCAAGUUCAAGUGUAUUACAUCCAUGCUCUGUUUGCCAUUGUAUACAUGAAUCAAAUAUUCAAUCAUUGGCUUGUCAUAGUCUUGGUUCAAGACCUAAUGUUCAUUCUACUGGUACUUCUGUAUCCUCAUACAGUCGUUCAACACGUAAUGUACAUUUUAAUGGUACAGUUCAAAAUAGAUCACAUAUUAGUACUAUACCAAAUGAUUGUACUGUAAUGGUUGUUAACUCAGAUAAUCAACCAUCUUCUUUAACUUAUCCACAUCUAUCUCAUACACAUUGUUUAUCAUUAUCUAAUAAUAAAUGUCAACAAAUGAAUACAAAUUAUUCAAUGAAUUCUAAUAAUCAUCAUAAUAAUAAUGAUGAAAUGGAAUUUGAUGAAGAUGGUAUUGUACGUCAUUUAAAUACUUCACAACGUAUUAAAUUAACCGAAGAUUUAUCUAUUGUUGAAACAAAUAUUAAUGUAUUAAAUGAUUUAUUAGCUGAAUUAAGACCAGAUACUAUAACGAUAGAUGAUUUGAAUUUACUCAAAGAAUUAAAUUGUACAUGUCGUAUUAUGCAUCAACGUGUUAUGGAAUUUUUAAGUCAAGUAUCCGAUGAAGAAGUAAUUAAUAAUUUAAUUCAAGUUAAUGAUCAUUUAACAAAUACACUUUUACGUUACGAUCGUUUUGAACGAUAUUAUCAACGUGCAAUACAGAAUUCCGAUAAUAAUAAUUCUUCUAACAAUCAACAAAUGGAUUCUGCAUUAUGUUUAACGAAUUCUAGACCACAACUAUGUUUAACUGCUUCAUCAAAUGACCAUAUUGAUUCAAGACGUCAUCGAUCGAAUCAUCAUCAUCAUUAUCCGCAGCAGCAACACCACCACCACCAACAACAGUUGGCAAUUACAGCCGGACCAUCGUCUCUACGUCGUACAACUCUAAAUGAGUCUACAGUGAAUGGAGUUGUUAGUAGUCGAAUGAAUAGUUUGCACUAUAAUCAUGCAGAUUCAGGUAAUGGUAGUAGUACUGCUGUUUCAACCACCAACAAUCAUCAUAAUGAUAACGAGGAUGAAGAUGACGAUGAAAGUUUGUUGGAUAUAAGUGAAGGUCCCUGUGGUGGUUCUACAACUAGAUCUCAUGAUUCUGAUGAAACUGAUGAAAUUGCUAAAUGGUUAUCUAGUCGACAGUUGAUACCUGUAAACUCACAGCAACAAUCACAACACAGCCAUCGUCCUUUUCAACCCCAACAACAGUCAUUGACUACAAACAGUCGUUCACAUUCAUGUGUACGAACAAAUCAUUUAAGUGCUAUUACAAACACUACUACUACCACUACUUCUGCUGUGUUUCUUUAUAUGCAACACAGAAUCCAUCAGAUAAAUCCGUUCAUUCUCAUCAAUCUUUUCAUGAAUUAUUGUAGUCACAGUGAAUAGAAGAAAUCUGGUAACUGAUCGAAAUUCUGGUAUUAAUAAUAAUAAUGCACCGAAACGACCUUGUGGUAAAUAUAAUUUACCAUUCAUUAUAUUCAUUAAUUCCAUUUGUAUUAGAUAUUGACAACUACGUAUUAAUAAACGUCCAUUUUCCGACAAUGAUUCACAACCUUUGUUUUUUUUUGUUGAUAAAAAGCAAACAAACAAAAAAUGUAAUGGAUACUACUCAUAAGAUUGUUUAUAAGUAGUGUGUAACGGAAG